UCUGUCAUCUGUAUCCCCCGCUCUCUGUGUCUCCCUCAGGGACAGACUUGGUCACCGUCUAUCGACGACGAAGGCUCAACGAGAGAUGAGUUCUACGACGAUGAGGACCUCUACUCAGGCUCCGGCUCCGGCUUCCCAGAGAUCAGAAUGAGGCCGACAUCGGUGGGUGUGUCAUUCACCACAGAAGAGCCCCUCCUCCUCUCCACCACCCAGGCCACCGGCCCCGCCCCCUCUGCCUCACCUGCGGCUGAGCCGAGCCCCAACCCGGAGGACCCCACCGCCACCCCGCUGCCCACCGAGGCUGAUGGAGAGAGCGGCGUGUUCUGGGAAAGAGAGAGAGAGCUGGAGAAGGAGAGAGAGAGGGAGGAAGAGCUGGAGAGAGAGAGAGAGCAAGAGAGGCAGAGGGAACUGGAGAGGGAGAGAGAGAGGGAGAGACAGUUGGAGAGGGAGCAAGAGAGGGAAAGAGAGAGGGAGCGGGUCCGGGAGAUGGAGAGAGAGAGGGAGAGGGAGAGAGAGCGGGAGCGAGAGAGGGAACGUGAGAGAGAGAGAGAGAAAGAGAGAGAGAGGCAGAGAGAGCGGGAGCUUGAAAGAGAGAGAGAGCUGGAGCGAAUCAGGGCCGCAGCCCAGACCACCGCCGCCCCACGAUCCCCUGCUGCCAUCCCAGUGGUGACCACCAACCCGGCAAUCAGCACUGCGGAAAGUGCAGCACCCUCUGCCGGUUCGGAUGACCUGAGCACCACAGAAGAAGAAGAGGAUGUCUACCUGUCACCUGAACCCACAUCGUUUUACCCAGGCUUCGACAUAGAGAUCACCACAGAGGAAGACAUGUCCACCACAGCAGAGACCACCCCUGAGCCCACAACGGCUGCACCCACCACCACCACCACUGCCACCACUGCCACCACUAUCAAGACCAGGAUCCCAUUCAGGCCCAGGGUUCCCAUGACGACAGCCACUCAGGCGGUGCCAACAGAGAGAACUCGCUCUCAGCAGCCCACAACUUCACAGGAGGGUAACGACGUGGGUGCUGCAGGGCCAAGUGGAGAUUUUGAGAUCCGCGAUGAUCGCCGUAACGAUCUCGGUCGAGGAAUAAUGCCAGUGGAUCCCGAUCUGAUUGGCAACACGGUGGACGGAGGAAGCUCUGCCGCCCAGCUGCCGCAGAAAAACAUCCUGGAGAGGAAAGAGGUCUUGAUAGCGGUGAUAGUGGGAGGAGUGGUGGGCGCCUUGUUUGCCGCCUUCCUGGUGAUGCUGCUGGUGUACAGGAUGAAGAAGAAGGACGAAGGCAGCUACACGCUGGAGGAACCCAAACAGGCCACCGUCACCUACCAGAAACCAGACAAGCAGGAGGAGUUUUAUGCAUAACACUAUUAUGCCAGAGAGACGCACCGCACACCGAGGGAGAGAGAAAGAGCGAGAGAGAGAAGAGAGAAAGAUACUCUAAGCCCCUCCCCCUCCUCCCAAAUCUUCUUCCGUCGCUUCCCCUCAUCU